AUGUCCCCUCCGACCAAUAGAAAAUACCCGCCAAUUGCAGGCUACGAGCUGGGCAGUGUGAUUGCCGGGGGAGGCUUCUCAUGUGUGUUCCGUGCGACCAAUGCCGAGCUCCGGUCAUCAGCAGCAUGCAAAGUCGUUCUGAUUACCCCACAGACCACACCUCAGCAGAGGAAGGAGCUCGAAAAGGAGAUCAAGGUCCAUUCGAUACUGAAGCAUGCCAACGUCCUCGAGUUUAUGGCAGCGAGCGUCGUGGAGGAGAACGGAAAGACACGCUGGGUCCCGGGAUAUUACAUGUUAAUGGAACUGGCUGCGGGUGGAGAUCUUUUCGAUAAAAUUGCACCCGAAGUCGGCAUUGAUCAUGAUAUGGCUCAGCACUACUUCAAUCAGCUGAUAUCGGGCUUGUCAUUCAUCCAUGGUCAAGGCAUCUGUCACCGAGACUUGAAGCCUGAAAAUUUGUUACUAUCCGGGGCUGGUGUCUUGAAGGUCGCAGAUUUUGGGUUGUGCGCAGUCUGGCGGCACAAGGGGCAAGAACGCAAGCUCGCCGAACGAUGUGGCAGCUUGCCCUAUGUCGCUCCAGAGCUUAGCCUGCCAGAUCCAUAUCGCGCUGAGCCAGUGGAUGUCUGGGGUGCUGGUGUCGUCCUUUUCACUCUUCUGUUCGGCAGCACCCCGUGGGACGAGCCAACCACCCACAGUCCGGAAUUUGCUUCCUACGUCACUGGCGAGAUCCUCAGACAAGAUCCAUGGAACCGGAUAAACGGAGAUGCACUCGACCUGCUUCUCGGUAUCUUGACCAUCGAUCCAACGAAAAGGCUCAAUAUAACACAGAUUCGCGCACACCCAUGGUGCAAUCGAUCUAGUCAAGUUCCACAACUUGGCCCGACCGCUUUAGCUCAGCGCCUGACACGCGGAUUGCAAAUGAAUGGAGAUAUGGCACUGGCAGAGCCCGAAAUGCCGGCUGAGGAUGUUGACAUGGACGAGGAGGAUGAUGGAUUUGCUAUGGGUGGAGCGAAGAGUCAGUUCACACAGAGCUUAAUGCUCUUCUCCCAGACACAAUCCGGUAUGAAGUACACUCCGAAUCUUACUCGCUUCUACGCAUCCAUCUCGCCCUCUCAACUGCUCACUCUGAUAGCUCAAUUCCUCAUUUCUAUUGGCCAACAAGUUUCAGAAGAUGUCCAUGAAGACAAACGAACAUCAGGCGUCAGCAUCAUGGUUCGGGGAAAGGACACCCGAGGCCUUGUGAUGGCGGGGUGGGUCGAAGUGGAAGAGUUUAGUAGAGAGGGAACGAGAGGGAGCAGAUGCGUGUUCCGACGGGACAAAGGGAAUCCGCUCAGCUGGCGCCUGUUGUGGAAAACCGUCGUCAACAGUCCCACAGUGGAGCCCUUUGUACUGAAGCGGAGAUGA